AUGGCGAAGAAGAUAAAGGCGGGGACCAGCGGUGAGGCUGCUCAGUACAUGACCCGGGGUCAGGCGCUGAAGAAGCUGCAGUUGCCUCUCGCGGGUUUUCGCCGACUCUGCAUCUUGAAAGGCAUCUACCCUCGGGAUCCAAAGAAGAAGAAGAAGGGCAAGGAUAAAAUAUAUUACCACACAAAAGACGUGCUGCACAUCGCGCAUGAGCCAUUGCUGGACACCUUCAGACAAAUAAAAGCUACAGACAAAAAAGUUCGGCGAGCACUAGGGAGGAAGGAGAAGCAGCUGGCCAAGAAAUAUGCUCGGUCGAAACCUGCUGUGCGGCUUCACCAUAUUGUUCGUGAACGGUUUCCCACACUCUCUGACGCUGUGGCCGAUCUGGACGAUGCUCUCAGCACCAUAUGCAUUUUCGCAAUGCUGCCAGCGGAUAACAGCCGGGGAGUAAAUGCAGAGUAUUGUGUGAAGGCAGGACAAUUGCUCGACGAGUUUCUCGUCGUUGCGAGUCAACAGCGCGCUCUGCGUCGUGUUUUCGCGUCGAUCAAGGGCUACUACUUCGAGGUUCAAUUUGUUGGGCACGCGAUCACUUUUUUGAUGCCGCACCAGUUCAAACAAGAACUUCCAGAAGAAGUCGAUUUCCGGGUUUUGUCCACCUUCUUCGAGCUGUACUCCACAACUCUCCACCUAGUUGUUUUCAAGCUCUUCCUUCUUGCCGGCCUUGCAUACCCUCCGACAGCGACAAAACGUGAAUCCGUUCGAAGGAAACGCCGCAUCCAGAAGAACGAAGAGGCUGCCGUGAAAGCUCUUGCAGCGGGGCGACUCCCCCGUCAGCAAGAGGGGCUCCACGGAGAUGGACCCUGGGGACUGGCAGGGUGGCGCUACCCGAUUCUUCAAGCGAGGCGAAUCCAGGAUGCAGAAGGGAGAGAUGCCGAAGAUGGGCCCGCGAAGAAGACGACGGGAGGACCGAGCCCCGGAGAGUCAUCGGUGAAGAGCGGAGGGGAGAGAAAGGGGCAAGGCAGUGGCAGCGAGAAGACAGGGCUCAGCAACGCUGAAGAGGAUGAACCGGAAGAAGGUAGCGAGCUUGCAGACGAGACACACAGUGAAGAACCCGAUGAGGAAACUCCGGGCGGUAGUGACAGCGAGGGAGAAGACGAAGAGUCUGACACAGAAGACGACGGAGAUGACCCUGCACAGGCGGAACAAUCCACAGCGGCGGGAAGCGGGAGGGAGCAGAAGAAAGCUCGGAAAUUGCGAGAAGCGGAAACCGGAGGAAACAGAGCAGGCAACGAGGACCCGGUCGAAGAGGAUCAUCUGGGAGCCGAAACGGCUUCGGCGUGCGGCGUACAGCCACAUCCUGUCCAGCAACUGUUCAACGGCUGCGUCAUCUUUCUGGGCAGAGAGGUACCCCUCCUGCCGUUUUCUUUCAUGAUCCGAAGCUGUGGAGGGAAGGUCGGCUGGCAAGGCCCGGACUCGCCGUUUUCAGAAGACCACGCGGACAUUACCCAUCACGUCGUUGAUCGACCACUCGAAUGCUUACUACGAGUAGAGAACAGCCAGCGCGACUACGUGCAGCCGCAAUGGGUAAUGGACAGUAUCAACACGGGGAUUCAAUUGCCGAUUCACCUCUAUGCUCCUGGAAAGGCGUUGCCGCCUCAUCUCUCGCCGUUUGUGGACGACAGGAAAGAAGGCUACGUGCCGAAACAACGAGAAGUCCUCGACCGACUUGUUGCGGAGCGCAAGGGGGUUGCAGCAGUCGGCCUCGGAUCGGAUACAGCUCGUGGCCUUGACGGAGAUGAUGCCGACGACUCAUCCGGAGACGAGGGAGCAGCGGAGAAGGAGCGCGCGUUUCAGACCGAAGUUGAGCGAGAGGCGGAGGCCAACUCUGAUUCGGAUGAAGGCCCGGAUUCGUCGACGGAUGCGACCGCUUCAAACAAGCGGUCAAGAGAGGUCAUCGAAGCAUCCACUGAGGAGCAAACUUCCAUGCCAGCUGCAGCCAACUUGAACGGGAAAGCCCGGCGCGAACAGGAGGAGAUGGACGCGAGGAAGUCACUCCUUCGGAAGAAACACAAGAGACUCUUAGAGAGAAUAGAGCACGGAGUGCGACGGAAGCAACAAGCUACGGCCAAGCUGCAGGCGAAGCGAAAUGCGCUCGAACGUCAGGCGGAAAUGUCAAAGGGGACGUGA